AAGGGGAUGGGAAGAAAAUAAAUUGAAAUUUACAUUAACAAAAAUCGAGCCCCAGCUGUCUCACUCACUCUCCAACCUAAAGAGUUCUUCUUUCUUCUCUGUUCAAAGAAUUCUACUUUUGCUUCUCAGUUCUCUACACUUACAAAAAUGGGUGGGAGCGCUAUAGAGGAAGAUUGGGAGCUAGACCUUACUUCCCCAACUAAUGGAAGAAGUGCUCGAACUGUGGUUUUAGUCGGUCGUACGGGUAACGGAAAAAGUGCUACUGGCAACAGUAUUCUUGGAAGGAAGGCAUUUAAGUCGAGGGCAUGUUCUUCUGGUGUUACAGUCACUUCUGAGUUGCAGACAACUGUACUGAGUGACGGCCAAGAGAUAGAUGUUAUUGACACGCCUGGGAUGUUUGACUUUUCUGCUGGAUCAGAUUUUGUUGGCAAGGAAAUUGUCAAAUGUAUUGAUAUGGCCAAGGAUGGUAUUCAUGCUGUUCUUGUAGUUUUUUCAGUCAGGACUCGCUUUUCUCUGGAAGAAGAGGCUGCACUUCGCAGCUUGCAAACUUUGUUUGGUAGCAAAAUUGUCAACUACAUGAUUGUAGUUUUUACUGGGGGUGAUGAACUUGAAGAAAAUGAGGAGACAUUGGAAGAUUACUUAGGUCGUUCAUGCCCUGAUCCGUUAAAGGAUAUCCUUGCCUUGUGUCAAAACCGAUGUGUGCUUUUUGACAACAAGACUAAGGACGAAGGGAGGAAGGUUGGACAAGUUCAACAACUUCUCUCCCUUGUUAAUGGUAUUGUAAUGCAGAACGGUGGACAACCCUAUUCAGAUGAGUUAUUUUCUGAACUGAAGGCAGGAGCUAUGAAACUUCGUGAUCAACAAAAAGAGGUUGAUUCUCUUGAAGGCUACACCAGACAGGAGUUGAAGGAGUUGAAGGAGCAGAUGCACCGUUCAUAUGAUGAGCAGUUGAAAAGAAUUACAGAGAUGGUUGAGUCGAAGCUCAGAGAAACAACUAUGAGACUUGAACAACAACUGGCAGAAGAACAAGCAGCAAGACUGAAAGCAGAAGAGAAUGCACAACAUGCUCAGAGAAAAUCUAAUGAUGAAAUCCGUCAACUCAGGGAGCAUCUACAGAGAGCACAGGAAGAGCUUCGCAAGCGUGGUGAGUCGUCUAAUUGUGCCAUCCUUUGAUGAGAAUUUGGUGUUAAGAUUUACUGCAGUAAAUAUUAUCUUCAAGAGUUCUUAAAUAGUAUAUUUCCCUUCCUUCCCCCACUGUGGUGCCUCUUUCGGAGGUUUACGUUGACGGUGAAACUGAUUAAAUGAUGCCUAAUGUCUAUAAUUCUAGGGCCCUUUUAUUACCAUACAUUUCUGAUUGCAUUUAACUUCUGUCUAUAUGAAAAUUCCAUUGCCUAA